AUGCCUUCGAGCGUGGAUACAGAUGAAAGAGGCGAUGAUGGAAGCAAAUCUACGCUCACGAAGCUUGGUCAACCCCACUUCGAUCCUGUGGAUUUCCUCAAUGAUGCGCUGCCGCACUUGACUUUGUCUACACAAACGCUGGCUUCCAAGGCCAGCAGAUCCACCCAAGUGCAAGGCGCCGCAACCGAAGCCCUUGCUUUAUUCUCAAGUCUCAAUACCAUCAACAUCCGGUCAUCUUCAGAGUUGUCUUCGCUGACGGACGAGAUCAUUCGCAGCGGGAAUCGCUUGGCAUACGAAGUGGAGGUUCUUCGAGGCGAUGUGAACGGAUUUCAUGAGUUGUUGACCGAGUCAUCGCGUGAAGAUAUCGAUGAGUUUGUCAAGGAUGAGGCAAUGGGCCACGCGGCACCAUCGCUUGACCCCGAGGUUGACGGCGGCGAAAUGGUGCAUAUCCAAGCGCCGACAGACGAGCCUGAGUUCAUGGCUCGUUUACGACUGCUCAGCAAAGUCAAAACGCGUCUGGAGUCGGUCAUUACGAUAUUCGGUGAAGCAAUGAAGUGGCCAGUGCCGCCAUCCGAGGUCUCAGGGGCUUCGCUCAUUUCCGUCUCCGCUCCAGAGUUGGGCAUACAGAGCUCAGCAGAGGAUGAUAAAGCCAAUGAGAUCCUGAAACAAAUUCGAGCGGAAAUAGGUGAUAUACUGGCGUCAGACGCAGGAGAAUAUACUGGCGUAGAAGCCGCAUCAAGGAAAGUCGAAGAAUACGCAAAGCUGGCAACCCUCUGGAAGGGAACGGGGGAGGAGAAAGCAAGGCUAAAGUUCGUGGACUCGUUGGCCAAACUGGUGGAAGACAGGAGCAGGGCACUGGAUGCACGAGGUGCCGCUCGGAACCAGAAGCAAGAAAGCUCUGCCCGUUCCAGCUCGGCGACUGCGAGGAAUAUGAAAAGCGCAAACGAGGGUGGUGGUGCGACGGGAUUGUUCAGAAACCUGCAACGGCUGAAGGAUGAUUUGUAUUUUGAAUGA